GACGGGUGCUGGAAGUACAAUUUAUUUAUUGUAAGCAGAAAAGUGCACUGACCUCCACGUGACUUUAAUCUCAUUCAAGUAAUUCUUUGCAAAGUACCAGAUCAGUGGAGCUCAUUGUUCGUGUAACAAGGAGUUUGAGUUCCAGAUUUUAAACUCCUUUCACUGGUUGAUCAAAAAAACCUUUCAGCAGCUUUUGUGGUUUGGAGACAAACCUUUGUGCCCAAUUUUACCUUUGAAUAGAUAAAAACAGAACCUCUGUCAGUUUAUUUUUGGAAUUGUUAAGUAUCUCUUAACCACUGUAAUGGAAGAUGAUUUGGAAACCCUCUUUGGGAAUGCUACUUUCAAUUCCUCCAGAGACUCAACUGAAAUGGAAUCCAAAUCUGUCUUCUCUCAGAGGGAGCAUAACAUUGUUGCAACUUAUUUGAUAACUGCAGGAGUGUUAAGUCUACUCAGCAACAUAAUAGUGUUAAUAAUGUUUGUUAAGUUCAAGGAGUUCCGCACAGCCACCAAUGCAAUUAUUGCGAACUUGGCUUUCACUGACAUUGGGGUGAGUGCUAUUGGUUACCCAAUGUCAACUGCUUCAGACCUGCAUGGCAGCUGGAAGUUUGGCCAUGCAGGCUGUCAGGCUUAUGCAGCUUUAAAUAUCUUUUUUGGGAUGUCAAGUAUUGGGUUACUUACUGUAGUCGCUAUUGACCGAUACCUGAUGAUUAGUAAGCCUGAUUUAGGAAGAAAGAUGACCAAUGUUACCUAUACAACUAUGAUCACUGUUGCCUGGGUGAAUGGUCUCUUCUGGGCUCUGAUGCCAAUAAUGGGUUGGGCGAGUUAUGCCCCAGAUCCAACAGGAGCUACAUGUACCAUCAAUUGGAGGAACAAUGACUCGUUGUUUGUUUCCUAUACAAUAACAGUCAUUGCAGUUAAUUUUGUGGUACCACUGUCGAUCAUGGUCUUCUGCUAUUACAAUGUAUCAAAAACUGUGAAAAGGUUUAUGCACCACGAUGUUCUAGAAAAUUUAACCUUGGAUUGGUCAGAUCAACUUGAUGUAACAAAAAUGUCUGUUAUGAUGAUUGCGAUGUUCCUAGUGGCUUGGUCUCCUUACUCCAUUGUGUGCUUAUGGUCUUCUUUUGGUGACCCAAAAUUCAUUCCACCUGCAAUGGCAAUUGUAGCUCCACUUUUUGCCAAGUCUUCCACUUUCUAUAAUCCUUGCAUUUAUGUCAUUGCAAAUAAGAAGUUUCGGAGGGCUAUAAUUGCAAUGGUAUGCUGCCAGACUCAACAGGAUUUAACCAUCAGUCACACUCUGCCUAUGACCACCUCUCAGGCACCUUUAACAGAAUUAAACUCUUUCAUUUAAAUUGGCUGUAUUGUAAUCUACUUAUUAUUUUAAUGCAUCUUUAUUUCAUUUUCCAACUGGAAAAUGUUUUCUCAAUGUCUUCAUUUUUUGACUUGACUUUAAACUGUUUUCUGAAUCCUGCAUCUAAUCAAAGAUGUUCCCUUGAUCUAAUUUCUCCCAAAAAUGCUGAAGUCUUUUAUCAAUUGCCUCACUAUGCUUUUUCAAAAGAGAGGAAAAUUCCAUCAUAGCAAAUCAUGUUACAUGACACACUCCUCCCAUAACAACUGGCUUCGUAGAGCUCACAUAAUUAUUUUCAUUUACCAGUGACCAAAACUGCAAGGAACAAUGUUAACCCUACCUUCCUAUUUUAACAGCAUGAGUGGGAAAUCAAAUGUGGCUUUUCUUUCAGGUCACUAUUGGAAAGAAGAGCUGAGCCUAACCAGAUAUUUUUACUUCAUUUUUUCUUGCUAAACCAGAGGAAGCAGUGAAUGCUUCUCAGUAUCUCUAAGAUGAUUUCAACAUUCCCCAUUCAUACUCCAAGCUUCCUGCUGACACCAGUUCACCCACAGCAAUUAUGUAAUCAUUUCAAAUUCAGUCCCAGCCUUAAGUGGCUUUAAUAGUCUAUCAAUUACUUUAUGAUUCAGUACUACAUAUGAUUUUGAAUCCAGGUAGAUAACAUUCACAACAACAUUGGGCUUUAGUUAUCAACCACUGGCAGCUGAUGGUUGAGGUAGAAUGUCACCAAUACUUUUGGGAUGCUGAAUCUAAGUGCCAGUUUACUUACUACUGAUAGAACAUAGACUACUAGAGAGUCUUAAUAAGAAAUGGCACUGUGUUACGUAACUAAGUAUCACGUAUUGCAUUAUGGCAAUCGGUACAAUGAACAUUGACUAAUUAGAGAUAGUUACAACUAUCAGGAGUUAAGUACACCUUUCCAGUCUCUGUUGGAACCCUAGCCAAAACUAACUGUUUCUCUGCAGAAAAACUGCGUGAUAACAUCAAUUGGGUGGAAAGUAAUGCACCAUCUCCAUGAAUUUCCAAAGAAACAUUAUCUUUUUUGAACACCUCCCCAAACUGCAUCAUUUUCAUGAGCAUUUAUAUGUCCACGUAUAUAUCUACUUUUUCAUGUACACUGCGUUGUCUUUCCCCACCCAGGUCUCUGAUUCCACAAAUUUAGACAGUGGAGAAUGUGAUUUUUUUUCAGACUUGGAGGAUUAAUAAGUCUUUGGCUUUAUGGCUGUUGAUUUUGACUGUGUUUGGUAACAAACAACUAGUUUUCUGGUGUUCGUCUUUGAGUUCAUUCCAAUCAAGUCCUACUGAAUUAUUGUUCUGUAAUGAGACAGGGUCCCUGUGUACACCUCCUUCAGCUGUAUGGACUGUUUAUGUUUGUUGCUGUUUUUCUGUCCCAUUUGACGACUGUACCAUUCUUGUUUCACCCUGUUGUCCUAGGCCAAUGUGUGGCAGCCAUCUUGCCUGGUGACUUUUAAUAUAAUGAGGGGUCUGCUGCUCAUCAUAAAACUUACCUUUUUCUACAAAUAUAUUUAUAGUCCCAGCUGUGGGACUCAACUAUGGGGUAAACCACUCUGAUAGGACAGGAAUGUAAGUCUUCAGUUAGUUGUUGUUCUGAUAAUGAUAAACCACAGUGUAGUGGGAUGGACAAGUAAGUUAACAAGGCUGUAUUAAAGACAGCGCUUUUCUUCAAAGGAGAUUUGAUUGUCAGGACCACAUGCUUAGCUUCUCCAUUUAGGUAUUGAUUUGCCAGCAAAUGGAUUAUAGGUUAAAAUCCAGAAGUGGCUGCAAACUGGCCGAUGAAUAUCUGUUGGCAAACAGGUCUAUUGCCUGACAUAACUGUAGCUAGGUUGCCAUGUCUAGCAAACACCUGUGCAAGACCCUGACAACUGCAUCAGUGGAUAGUUCAUGACUUUAUUAUCCCUACCCACUGGGAAAAAUAAGUAACAAUAUUGAGGCAAGUGGUCGUUUCCCACUCAUUCUUAUGUUGUGUUGGGAAAAGUAAUGGAGGUCAGUGUCUGUUGCUGCUCUGUCCUGUGUCUAGACAGGUUUCACAGUCAGCUAUGAAGUUCUCAGCCAUCUUUGAAAUCCUUGACCACAUCUAAACCCUGACUGUACAUGUGGUAAAGGUCAAAUGUCCCUGGUAAACUUUAUCCAGGAUCUUAUGAAGCUUAAAUGAGAAAUAGUUUGUCAAAUACCAGCAAGCUGUUUUUAUUUAUGAACUACUACUGAUGUUUAAAAUUGGUCUUCAUGGCCACUCAACUGAUCUGACCAGUCUUCAAUCAAUCCUGAUGAAUGGCAACAGAUUCUUGGUCCUUCUUUUGAUCCUGAGCAAUUUGAUUGAUUUGUUUCAGGUUACUGGCUAUUUGAUUGCUGUGGCCCAAUCAACAAAUGCUUCAUCACUCAUUCUCGAGCUGCAGACAGUCACGAAAGAGAACAUGUCCACAGUUUUUUUUAGCUUCCCCUGCACCCAUUGGGAUUGGUGGGUGAACCUCAUAAAGCAGAGUUAGAAUGUUUAUAUCAGCAAUAGCUUUAGGUCAAUAGGCUUUAGCCUCCAUUCCUUCAGCUUCAGGGACACAUGCUGCAUUUUCAAGUUUAAAAUUAACAAUAUGUCCACUGACAUAAAUAAACUCUGUGAAAAUCAAAUCAGUUAGAUCCUUUUAUUUCUCUGCAGGAAUGGCAUGCAAAUGUAGCAUUCUUUUGUCAUGAGUGAGCAUUGUCUAUGUCUGUGAGGUUCUACUGUUCCAUAGCAUUGACACUGACUCUUAGUAUCUGGUAUUUGACCUAUUGAAUAUAAUAAUGUUUUAACAUUUUCAGCUUCAGACUUAGUAUUUAAUAUUGAAGCAAUUCUAAAUUAGAAAUGUUAAGAAUUAUUUUCUCUAAGAUGUUUAAUCCUGUGUUCUAUUUUGUCCAACUGUCAUAUUAAGUUUUUUUAGAAAUGAUUUCUCCAUCAAUUUCUUCUUAAUCUGAUUAUUUACUUGAAUUACCUUAAAACUGUCUUAAAUCUGUCGUAGCUCAAUUCUGUUUGUAACCAGCUGGCUUCAGGCUUGUAUUCCUGUAUGAAAUGAAUGCUGUUUAAAUUUUGUUGUUUUAAAGUUGCUUGAAACUUCUAAACUGUAUUAUAACAGUACUGCAUGAUAUACUUGCAAUAAAACCUUAUAAUGAG